UUUCUGAAACAUUAUCCGCUUCUCUUUUCAGCGGCAGAGAAGGCGUCGUAUUUGCUCGUAAUGUUGCUAUCAGCUCUCUCUGUGCCUGCUGGUCCCUGCGGUCCUUCACCUAGCUGCUAUAUGCACGUACUACUCUGCUUUCCCUUUCCCUGCAUGUGGGGCUUCUUCCCUCCUGCGUGCGGCUUUAUACUUUCAAAGUUUUCAAAGACACUGCCAUUGAUGAAACAGCCAUCAGCUAGCUAGCCAUUGAAUCUCUCUCUCUCUCUCUCUCUCUCUCUCUCUCAACCAUGAAAAGCCUAUGCAUUGAUCUUUUUAAGAAUUGCAGUGCAACCAGUUUGGCGGGUACUAGGAGCAGCAGAGUUUUAACUUACAGGUUUCAGAGAACCAACUAUCAGACGCAUCUGCCCUCCACCAAACUUACAUUCUCUUCCUACUCUACUAAAACUUGCUUUGCAACUCUAUCAACUGUAACCUCGGAGGUGGAAGAAAAGCAAACAUUCAAUCCUGACAAAGCUGGCGAGCUAGUUAAGGAGCUGCGGAACAGUUUCAAUUCGGGUAGGACGAAAAGCUAUGAGUGGAGAAUGUCACAGUUGGAGAACAUUGCAAAGAUGCUUGAAGAGAAAGAGAAAGAGAUUACUGAAGCUCUUUACAAGGACCUCUCGAAGCCUGAAGUCGAAGCAUUUAUAUCCGAGAUUGUUACUGCAAAAUCCUCAUGUAACGAGGCACUGAAAGAAUUGAGACAGUGGAUGAUUCCCCAAAAGGUCAACACUUCAAUUACAACAUUUCCAUCAUCAGCAGAAAUUGUGUCAGAACCUCUAGGAGUUGUGUUGGUCAUCUCAACAUGGAACUUUCCCUUCUUGUUAUCUCUUGAUCCUGUCAUUGGAGCUAUUUCAGCUGGCAAUGCAGUUGUGCUAAAACCUUCAGAAAUUGCUCCAGCUACGUCUUCAAUUCUUGCAAAAUUAGUAGAGGAGUAUUUAGAUAAUUCAGCUGUAAAAGUUGUUGAGGGGGCUGUUCCAGAAACAACUGCACUUUUAGAGCAGAAGUGGGAUAAGAUACUCUAUACAGGUAGUGCAAGAAUAGGGCGCAUUGUGAUGGCUGCUGCUGCAAAACACCUUACACCUGUAAUUCUAGAACUCGGUGGAAAGUCCCCGGCUGUUGUCCAUUCAGAUGUCGAUUUACAAGUUGCAGUUAGGAGGAUAAUAGCAGGGAAAUGGGCAUUGAACAAUGGACAAGCUUGUAUCGGUGUUGAUUACAUUAUCACUACAAAAGACUUUGCUCCAAAGUUGAUAGAAGCUCUAAAAAUUGAACUUGAGCAAUUUUUUGGGAAAGAUCCAAUGAAUUCAAAGGAUAUAUCCAGGAUAGUAAGCUCAACCCAGUUUAAACGUUUGACCUAA